GCUGUGCGGGACAUAGUACUCAAGUGCCCUCUUUAACAGCAGACUUGUAUGCAACAGGGAGCGCAAUGGGAUCAAAUUCAAGUUCCAAUCAGGGCCUAAGCAGCAUCUCAGGACAAAAAAUAAGACAGACAGAAGAAACUUCUAUCAACUUGCUCCAUGUAAAAAUAAUAAGAAUGAGAAAUCUCCGGAAGGCUGACUUGUUAAGCCAGUCCGAUUGCUAUGUGGAACUGUGGCUGCCAACUGCCUCAACUCAAAGGGUCCGGACCAAAACAAUCAAAAACUGUAAAAAUCCAGUCUGGAAUGAAACCUUCUGUUACAGGAUUGACAGGCGUGUUAAGAACGUGCUGGAGCUGAAAGUCUGUGAUGAAGAUAGAUUCAGCAAAGAUGAUGAACUCUGCACAGUUAUUUUUGACGUAGCUAAACUUCACGUUGGGUAUAAAGGUCGUGUGAAGUUCGUGUUGAAUCCUCAGGAACAGGAGGAGCUGGAGGUGGAGUUCAUACUGCAGAACCUUCUGGACUGUCCUGAAAACAUCAUUACUAAUGGAAUACUAGUGGUAAUCUUUUUAUUUCCUGAGAUCUUUCCUGUCCCACACAACAAGUACUGGUAUUACUGCCAGCACUUGUUGUCACUGCUUAAUCAACCAGAAGAGUUGAUGGAGAACAAUGUGACUCACUUAGAAUCCCACCUGUGUCACUCUUUGUCAUUUAUUUGGUCAUCUCUGUUACAGUCACGUGAAGUUUCCUGUUUGGAAGUUAAUGGGCAGGCAAAGAAGCUAAAGCAACAAUCCACAAAGGAAGAGCUCACACUUACAGUCCAAGGAUCCUAUGAAGAAACCCAGAAGAUUUCAUUGGAUGCUGACUCCAGCCUCAGGAGUAGAGAUGCCAUUGUGUUUCACUGUGUCAAGAAUAACCAAACAAAACUGGAUGUUACACUGCCAAAGAAGAUGCAUGACUGUGUUCAGACCUCAGAUAAAGAAGAAUCCCUGCCUCUGCCUCUAAAUUCACUCCCUUUGCAAAAGAAAAUAACCAUAGCAACGGACAAAACAUUUGACUUGCAUGUGAAGGCAAAAGACUGGCCAAAAGACAUGGACGUGCGCUUUGGGUUUGACUUGUGCACAGAGGAGCAGGACUUUCUGUGUAAAAGGAAGAAGUAUGUUGCUGCUGCUGUGAAGAAGGUGCUCCAGCUAAAGGAUGACCUGCAGGACCAUGAAGUGCCGGUGGUGGCAAUCACGACAACAGGGGGUGGGACAAGAUCAUUAACAGCAAUGUAUGGCAGCCUGUUGGGUCUUCAGAAACUGAAUAUCUUGGACAGUGUUUCUUACAUGACUGGUUUAUCGGGCACUACAUGGACUAUGGCAAACUUGUACGAAGAUGCUAAUUGGUCACACAAGUAUCUGGAGGAAGCAAUCAAUAAAGCUCGGAAGCAAGUGACCAAAUGCAAGAUUAAGGGUUUUACUUUGGACCGUCUGAAGUACUAUUACAAUGAGCUGAAAGAGCGGCGCCAACAAGGACACAACACAUCUUUUAUAGACUUGUGGGGGCUCAUGGUUGAAUACAUGCUACAUGAUGAGAAAGAUAACCAUAAACUCUCGGAUCAGCGACAGGCAAUGAAUGAGGGCCAGAAUCCUCUGCCCAUUUACACGGCUAUCAACCUCAAAAACAACUAUAGUGCUCAAGAUUUUAGAGAAUGGUUGGAGUUCACUCCCUACGAGGUGGGAUUCUGGAAAUAUGGAGCAUUUAUUCGCUCAGAAGAUUUUGGAAGUGAAUUUUUCAUGGGAAGACUGAUGAAGAAGUUCCCAGAAAGCCGGAUUUGCUACAUGGAAGGCAUGUGGAGUGGUAUAUUUUCCUUGGACGUGAUGUACUUCUGGAAUUUAGCCUUUGAUUCAGAGGACUUCUGGUACAGAUGGACUAGAGACCGAGUAAAAGACAUUGAGGAAGAUCCUGUUCUGCACAUAAAGCCUCAUGAGACACAGACUCGCCUGUUGACUCCUGCAGGCGCCCUUUCUACUGCUUUCCGAGAUGUCUUAACAGGGCGCCCAACAAUUGCAGAAUUCCCCAAUUUCCUAAGGGGCUUCCAGAUGCACAAUGAGUACCUGGAGAAUGAGCAUUUUUCUACAUGGAAAGACACUGUGAUAGACACUUACCCUAACAAACUAAUUGAAACAGCACAGCACCCUCUAUCCCUGGCAGAUACUGGAUUUUUUAUCAAUACCAGUUACCCACCACUCUUGCUACCUCAGAGGAAAGUGGAUGUCAUCCUGCAUUUAAAUUACAGUGGAGGAUCACAGACAUUGCCUCUGGACCUAAUUGCGAAGUACUUCUCGGAGCAGGGAAUCCCAUUCCCCAGAAUCGAGAUGAGUGAGGAAGACAGGAAAAAUCUGAAGGAGUGCUAUCUGUUUGAAGAUGCUGAGAGUCCAAGAGCUCCUAUAGUGCUUUUUUUCCCAUUAGUAAAUGACACCUUCAAAAAAUACAAAGCUCCUGGUGUGGAACGCAGCCCCACAGAGAUGGAGGAGGGGAAAGUUGAUGUCUCCAGUCCCCUUUCCCCGUAUACUACAAGGGAGCUCUCAUUCAGUGAAGAGAAUUUUGACAAUCUGGUGAAAAUGACUGACUACAAUAUCCUGAAUAAUGAAAACUUGAUUGUUCAGGCCUUGCGCACAGCAGUGGAACGGAGGAAACAGCAAGCUCCCAUAUACUACAAGGGAGCUCUCAUUCAGUGAAGAGAAUUUUGACAAUCCGGUGAAAAUGAUUGACUACAAUAUCCUGAAUAAUGAAAACUUGAUUGUUCAGGCCUUGCGCACAGUAGUGGAAUGGAGGAAACAGCAAAUAAAAUAGUCACUAUCCAAUAGACUUAAUCUCCCGGGAUUCUAUUUCUUGUGUCUUCUACUAUGUAGAGAGACCAAAGCCUUCUGAUGGCUUGCUAAUGUUGUAUAUCUAAUAGUAGCCUCAUCAUCAUGCCUCCAUGGACUCCAGUUCAUCCCAGUUAAGUGAAGGUUCAAAUAAACAGAGUUUGCUAAAUCACGUCAUGACUAAGACUUUACAGAUGGUUCAAUUGCAACCAAACUUCACACCAUCAAGGUUAAAUUUUAGAUUUUCUUACCUUAUCAGUUUAUCCAUAGAUAUACAUUCAUUUUAAGUUAAAGAAGUGCACCUUGUUGUGUUAAUAAAAUAUACAAUCCAUUAAAAAGUAUUUUAACAUGCUCACACAAAAAUACAACUGUGUCUAAAUCAUCCUUUUAAAAAGUCAGUAAUUCUGCUUUGUUUUCUGCCAGAAAUGCUGCUUUGUGAAUUGGAGUCUUUAUAGCACAUAGCUAAUCCAUUUUGCUGGCACUAUUUCAUUGUCGCGGACACACAGGAGAAGAGUCUGUCGUCAUUGAUCUGAUUGUCUCUUGUCUCUGUUAUUUUCAAUUGGCUCUCUCUGCUGCCCUUAGCACUUCAGUUUGAUGACUCUUUGGCAUUCUUAAAAAAAAUCUGUAAAGUUGUCACUGUCCAUAAACAAUAUCAUAGGGUUCAGUAAUUUUUGUUACAACUCAUUUUCACUGCCACACAAAUUGUUAAAUAACACAUUAUUAAUGGAGUACUUCAAGGUGUAUCUUUUCAUAGGGUGCCAUGCAUAAGGCAGCAUGCAGAUUAUUAGGAAUGUGCAACUUCGAUAGUGAUUUUCAAGAUAUGUUAUUUGUGUGACCAAAUGUUGACUAGAAAUAUGUGGGUCACAAGUGUUCAACUUGCCCAGCCUUCAGGUAGAAACACCCUCCUUCCCCUUCCCUAAGUGGCCUAAAAUACCCCUCCCCACCAGUCUAAUCUCUUUUGGAGCUGGAUGGCCCUUCAACUUCUCCCUGAUCUUCAGGAGGUAGUAAGUAGCCACAACCCUUGAUAUAAAUGUUCUUCUAGGGGGCUGCCCUGGGUGGUUCCUCUCUCUCUCACCUAUCUUAGAAACAUUUUGUGGGUUGAUAGUUGUUUGUGACGACCUUCCCACAAUCCUGCAGCAGCUAGAUCAUGAAUUAUUCCUGCAGCCAGUACUAACACUAGACAACACGGCUGAGGUGCCCGUCAGGCCUUGCUGCAGCCUCUAAGGAAACCCCAGGCAUUUUCUAGCUGCAGCUAACGGGCUCAUACUCUUGCUACCUAUUUACAACCCAGAGCCAGUGAAUCAGAACUGACAUUGAGAAUGGGAGUGUGUUUUGCUCAUGCUCAGGCAGGAUGGACAGGAUACUUCUAGCUCAUCCGGAAGACUUUUCUGGACAUGGGUGUGAGCAAAAAAUAAGUCUGUUCCCUCAGAGAAACAGUGUUAGGGGGGCAGUCAAUCGGAACUACUUGAAUAUUGGAUGAAGAGAAGUGGGCCACCAUUUUUACCUAUUAUGCAGUAGAUAUGGACUUGAAAGGAUAUGAUGUAAUCCUGUUUUUUUGUUGUGUUCUGCAUCUUUAAACGUAGAGAAGUCUCCCUGCCUAUGACAGGGACAGUUGUGAGACAGCCAUAAUUGUAUGUUUCAGGUCAGACUCGGUACGUAACAGAGUCAGCAACAGUUGCUCACUCUA